AUGGCAAGCAAAAGUUCAACCAAACAAGACGAAGAAGCAACAACGGAAGAAGUGCCAGGGUCGAUCGCCAUAUAUACAGAAGAAGAAAUAAAUACCUUUAAUCGCGAUGUUAAACUUUCAGUGCUUUCGCUUGGACACAUCAUUUCUUUCAGUUUUGCAGUCAAAGAGGUAAAAGGUAUAAAUUAUUUUCCUUCUCGAGCAAAUAAUUUGGAAAUUUGAAAAAAGAUGUCAAAGAUAAACGGCUCGUAAAUUCAGCGAAAUACCCUUAUUAUCCUUAAGAUAGUGUAAAGCUUGUUUAAAAAGCUUGAAAACAAAUGUGAAAAAUAACACAAGGUACAAAUAAAGCUGUCGAAGAUUCAAACGUCCACGACUGAUGCUGCUUUCUGUCCGCUAACGCAAUGACAGUGCUGACAGUUUGAAAUGGCCCUCUGGGGCGCGCGCUCAGGAUAAAAACGUGUUUUUCUAUCUUCUUAUUUUUAUUCAAUUAUGCGAUUCAAGGAAACUCCAUUACCUUACUCGUGAAUUUCGCGUUAAAUUGUACUUGAAAACCGAUAUCGCGAUUCGUGCGAUAUCGGUUUUAAUGUGCAAUUUAACGCGGAAUUACCUAGUCAGGCAACUGAUUUUCCUAUAAAAUCUACCUAUUAACCUCUCACCUUGCAUAAGGUCUAUUGUGAAAUUGACAUCGCGAAAUAAUAUCGAAUUAUUUUGGUAUCUUUCGACGUAGAAUCGCUGUUUACCAACGUUCCUAUCGACGCCGCUGUACAAGCCGCACUGCAGAAACUCGAGAACGACCCAAGCCUUGCAGACCGCACCAUGCUAACGCCAGCACAGAUCGCUGACCUUUUGACCUUCGUAUGGAGAUCCACAUACUUCCUGUAUAAUGGAUCGAUUUACGAGCAAAAAGACGGCGCCGCCAUGGGGAGUCCAGUUUCCGCUGUUAUUGCCAACCUCUACAUGGAGAGUUUCGAAGAACAGACGAUAACUACAUCAUCCUACGAGCCUAGGAUCUAGAAACGCUACGUGGACGAUACCUGGACCAUCCCGGAUCGCGAAAACGUAGAUGACUUCUUACAGCAUUUAAACAACCAGCAGCCUUCCAUCCGCUUCACCAUGGAGACAGAGAAAGACAACAAACUUGCCUUCCUAGACACCGCAGUUUUAAGACAACCUGACGGCCGCCUCACCACCAGCGUAUUCAGGAAGCCCACGCACACCGAUCAAUACUUAGCGUACGAUUCAUAUCACCCUCAAUCAGUAAAACGCGGUAUUGCUAAGUGCCUUUACAAGCAAGCCAAACGUCUCGUAACAAAACCCCCCGUCAUCAUCGAGGAGAAAAAACAUCAGUCAUCUGUUCUGGUUUCUGAUGGUUAUCCUUUUUCUUUCUUGCAGAAACUUACCAAGACCGGAAAACCAAACAACAGUGCCGAACCCGCCGACGAGUUCAAAGCUACUGGAGUGUUACCUUAUGUCAAAGGCCUGUCCGAACAGCUUCGCCGUUGCCUAUAGCAACAGGGCGUACGCGCUGUUUUCAAGUCGGAGACUACGCUAAGAUCUCAGUUAGUACGAGCAAAAGACGCUGUCGACCCGGCUAAACAAGAUGGCAGGAUUCCCUGCGAAUGUGGCAAGGUAUACGUCGGAAAGACUGGAAGACCUAUGCAAGACAGAAUUAAGGAGCACGAUAGAGACAUUCGACUCGCCCGUAUCAAGACCUCCGCCGUUUCAAAGCAUGCACACAACACUGGACACAAGCUACUCUGGAACGAAGUAAAGUUUAUUGAUCGUGACCCUUAUUACUACACGCGCAGAGUCAAAGAGGCAAUUCACAUAAGACUUCACCCUAACAGCAUCAACAGGGAUAGUGGAAUAGAAAUUCCAGAAGCGUGGAUGCCCACGAUCAAAAAACACAACAACAGGAGAGCCGUGCGACAGCGGACCGCUGAGGGCGCAAAUCACUGA